CGAUGAUGGUUUUAGAGAUUCUCUGUUGAAUUUGUUAUCUUAAAAUCCACGUUUAACUCUACAGGUGAACAGAUGAGAGAUACCUAUGUAUCAUACAUAAAUUUUAACUUUGGAUACAAAUCUUUAGUGAACUAACUUGAUCCUUAAGAAACAUAAAAUUUUCCUAACUGAUAUUCAAAUAACAAAGUCUUGUAAAUACAGAGCCAUUAAAACAAAAGACAGCCAUGAUAUAAUUAUCCCUUCAGUUCCAAGAAACCUCAAGAAAUGAAGGAGAAGAGUCUGAAGAAGCCGUCUCUCUCGAGUUCCACUUCAAACAAACUGCGAAAACAACCGUGAGGAGCGAAGUCCUUAUCAAGCUUUUUAAGCCAUUUUGUUGCUCUCCCAUAAACCAUAGAUCUUCAAUGAAAACUUCACCUCAUCAAACCCAAUGUUCCCUCUUCUCUCAGCUUUCUUUAAUACCCCAUUCAAAAUCUGUACUUUCAGGCCAAUCGUAACGGUUAACUGUCGCUGUAAUAAACAUAUGCCAUUGGGAAAAUACUUUCUUCCUCCAUUAUCAUCUCCAUAAGAAAUUAAGCUUCUUAUUGGACAUAAACAGCAUGAUUAAGCAUUGGACUGAAUAUUAAGCUGCAAUAUGCAGCUGCUUAUAUAAACCAAGAAGCUAACUAAUCACUCCCACAAGACUUAAACCUGUUCCAAACAAUGGCUUAUCCAUUCUCAUCCUUCUCUGCCAAAGCCUUAAUCUUGUUACUCCUCCAGUUAUCUUCUCUAUUUAACAGCCUAACCGCUAAACUUGAGGGCAUCACAACCCAUAACAGCCACCACCACCACCGUACCCGAUCUUCGGACACGAACCCAAGACUCCAUCAAGCUUUCCUUGCCCUCCAGGCGUGGAAACAAGUCAUUUACUCCGACCCCAAAAACUACACCACCAACUGGGUGGGACCUUCAGUUUGCAGCUACUUUGGAAUAUACUGUGCCCCAUCUCUCGACGACCCAAAACUUCAAGUCGUCGCCGGAAUCGACCUGAACCACGGCGACAUCGCCGGAUUUCUCCCAAACGAACUCGGCCUUCUCACAGACCUUGCUCUGCUCCAUCUCAACAGCAACCGUUUCUGUGGGAUUUUGCCUCAUUCUUUGGCCAAUCUCUCACUUCUCUUCGAACUUGAUCUAAGCAACAACAGAUUCGUAGGCCCUUUUCCCUCAGUCGUCCUCCUCCUUCCCAAAUUAAGCUUUCUCGACCUCCGUUUCAACGAAUUUGAAGGGCCUAUUCCCCCUCAACUUUUCAACAGAACCCUCGAUGCCAUUUUCAUAAACAGCAACCGUUUCACCAGCAUUAUCCCUCAGAACAUCGGCGGAAAAUCGGCCUCCGUGAUUGUGUUUGCGAAUAACAAUUUUGGGGGCUGCCUUCCGCCGACGAUUGCGAGCUUCGCGAAUAGUUUGGAAGAACUUCUGUUGAUGAACACCAAUUUAUCGGGUUGUUUGCCGCAAGAAGUUGGGUUUUUGUACAAAUUGAGGGUUUUGGAUGUGAGUUUCAAUAAAUUAGUUGGGCCGCUGCCUUAUAGUUUGGCUGGGCUGGCCCAUUUGGAGCAGUUGAAUUUGGCCCACAAUUCGCUGAGUGGGAAUUUAUACGAAGGAUUAUGUAAUCUUCCAAAUUUGGAUAAUGUGACGGUUUCUUACAACUACUUCUGUGAGGAAGAGGGGAUUUGCCGGAACUUGACGGUGAAGGGCGUGGCCGUUGAUGAUCGCCGGAACUGUUUGCCGGAGAAGCCGCUGCAGAGGAGCAAGAAGGAAUGCAGUGCGGUGGUUGAUAAUCCGGUGGACUGUUUUGAGCAUCCCUGCGGCGGCGGCGGUGGCGGUGGAGGUGGUUUUGGUGCUAGUAUUGCUGCGGUUCCGGCGUCGGCGCCGAUUUCUUCAACUUCUUCCGUUGUUGCCCCUACCCACUCGUGAUUUGAUGUUGUAAUAUAAGGGUUUGAUAAGUCAUUUUACAGCUAUAAUAAGGUCCAUUGUUGGUUUGUAUUAGAAAUUAUGUGAGUUUGUGAAUAUGCUUUGUGUGAGUUUUUUGUUGCAUUGGUUGUG